AAGGGCAGAGUAUUUCUUAGUACAAACAUGCAGCCUAACGGAUCUGCUCUAGAGAGAAAGUACAAAAAAACAACAAAUAAGCUUACAUCAUAAAUCAGGGAAUGGAAGUCCAAAUGAAAUAAUCAAAGGACAGAAGAUGUUGUGGAGGUUCAUACUGUAUGCUGGUUUAAGUGUCUUCAUUUUGAGCACAGUUUUAGCAAGUUUUUACUACACUUUUAAUUACAGGUGCGCUCACAGAUAUGAUUACACAAGACUUAAUGGCCAUGGCAAACAAGCUGUACAGAGGCUCAGAUCUGGUGAAUGCAAGCAGUGCCUGGAAAGGUAUGAUGGCAUUAGAAGGCAGGCAAUCCAUUUAAAGGAGGAGAAAUGGCAAAAACAGGAAGCACAUCACCAAAGUCUCAGAAUAGCUUUGAAGAAGGAGUGUAAUGCAGUCAUAGAAGCCAUCAUCUCUAAGAGGAACACCCCACUGGGAUCAAAUGUUAUAUAUGAUGGGGAAAACAAAAAAAAUAUGAAGAUCACUCCCAAGAUAUUCAGUACCUUCCCACAGGAGUCACCUUUCAUAAAUCUUACUUAUGAAAAUUGUUCUGUGGUUGGAAAUGGUGGAAUCCUGGAAGACAGUGGAUGUGGAAUUCAGAUUGACAACACAAAUUUUGUAAUAAGAUGCAACCUCCCACCACUGAACAGAGAUGUGGGUUACAAGACAAACCUGGUAACAGCCAACCCAAGCACUCUGUUUGAAAAGUUUGCAGGACCAGCAGAAAGGCACAGACAUUUUGUGGACAGUGUGGAUGUCUAUGGGACUACCCUCCUUGCUCUUCCAGCAUUUUCAUACAAGCGAAAUACAGCAGUCUCCUUUCGAGCUCUGAACACCCUGCAAGACUUUAAAAGCCAAGUACAGCCAAUUUUUUUGAACCCUAAGUACCUACAGAAUCUGGCCCAGUUUUGGAGACAUCAUGGCUUUCAGGCUUCUCAAUUAAGCUCAGGUUUCACUAUAGUCAGUCUGGCUUUGGAACUGUGUCACAACAUUCAUAUUUACGGCUUUUGGCCUUUUACUGAUGGCCUUGAAGGACAGCAUCUCAAGCAUCAUUAUUAUGAUGACUGUAAAGCUAAAACUAUUCACAACUUGCCAGCUGAGUUCAGAUGGCUACUUACCCUGCACAAAAAAGGAAUCCUUCAAAUGCACUUAGGCAAAUGCAAAUAAUCAAUUCAUGAGGAAGGAAUGUAAUAUACCUGUCAUAAUGACACAUCUGGAAACUUUAGGAGGUUGUCCUUUCUUAGACAUCAAAAGGCAGACUCAUCUGCUAACCAUACAAAUUUGUAUCAACAAUGAAUGCUAAAGAAAUUCCAGUUACGGGUAUUGUAAUAAACCACAUAUGACAAUUAUAUCAAAGGAUCGAGAUGUAUGAUCCAUAUAUUAUUAAUAGGGCCUUCCAUAUUUAAAGAAGAAUUCAAAGAAGCCAAAGGAAUAUUUUGGUAGACCAUUAUUAUAGCACAUUUAAUAUUUUCAAUUCUUAUGUUUACAGUUUAAGAGUUUGACACUAAACAUUUCCAAACAGAUAAAUAUUAUUUUAAAAGCAUUCAUGGUAGGUACUAAAUCAUAUGAUGCAUAGCUACCUGAUCUUUUAUUAAAAUUAAAAAGGGAGAGGUCACAGCAAUUACCCUUGUGUAAUCUCCACUUCCACUUUCUAACAUGACAAAUGAUAGCAUGACAUUUUUAGACCCAGUUAAUGCAAGUUGAGGUUACACAGCCUGUCCAAGCAGCACUAGGUGUAGGGUUGGAAACAGUCCUAGACAGGGCACCCGUGCAUUACGGGGCUCAUUCACUACGGGUCAUUUUGGUUUUGCCCAUCAACCUAACCAGCACAUCUCUGGGGAUGUGACAGAAAAAUACACGCCAAUAUAGUGUGAACAUGCAAACUCCACAUGCACAAGAACCAAGCACCGAAUUCAAGCCCAGGAUCUGUAAGAUGACAG